AUCUAUACCGCUAUACCCGUUCUUCGGCCCUCUGUCUCUGUCUGUUCGGGUCUCGUACUGGCUAGGACAGCUUGGAACAACUGGAGGCUCUCUCGCGUCAGAACACCGCUCUCUUGCCUCUUGAGCACUUCCGGGACCGAUAUCUGCAAGAGUGGACUUGCAGCGCCCUUGGGUACUGGACUACGACCGGAAACAUCGUACUCGCACAGCCGACGCACCACCAUUUGUCUGGCCUAUACUUCCCACAUACCUUGAUUCACGAUGGAUGACGAGACCGCAGAGAUUGAGCUGCUCGAGCAGAACCUCAACAAGACGCGCCAAAUAUCUCAACGCAUGACUUCAAUCCUUUCUAGUUUCGAUACCCGUCUCGUGAAGCUCGAGAAGUCCAUUCUGCCACUGUACAACUCUACGCAAGUGCUCACGAGGCGAGCAAACAACGUUGAGAGUGCGUUGCAGAAGAUUGACGAGAUCGCGAGCUACCAUGAAGGUGUCGCUGCGGAGGAGGCUCUGAUCCUGAGAGGACCUCAGCCGAACCAGCUCAGUGCAUACACAGAGGUGCUUGAGCGCAUGAACGUCAGUGUUGCAUUCAACAGCACAGAUUCACGAGAUAAGGCACGCCUUGUAGAAAGCGGCGCGAAGAAGCUUAUCCAACUCUAUACAAAACUGGUCGCGGAAGGCUCCUCAGGUGUACCUCCUGGAGGCGCCGAGUUCACCUCUGUGCCAUUUCCCGCCUCGCUCAUGGCCACGCUCCAGCCCCUUGUCACAUUCCUGCGCACACUCCCCCUACCCGCUACACACCCAUCUCACCCUGCAGCAUCCGGCAUACAGUCUGCCUUGAAGGAUGCGCAGAAGGGGUACGGUGACAUGCGCGGAGCCUGGGUGCGCAAGUGUCUCGAGACGUUCGGAAAGCGCGUCGUAGACCGCGCUGAGACGAUUGACGGUGUUGCGGCCGGAACAGAGGUUGGAAAGUGGACGGAAAACAUGCUCUCCGUCGCGGAUGAAGAGUACAAUCUUCUGCUUGAUCUCGCACCUCUCACCACCCCAGCCGCUAUCAGCACGACCUACGCAACACUCAUCUCUCCGCUCACAAAUCUCUUCACGUCCACGCUCGGAUCCCUUGGGUCCCUCAUCAAGCGCAACCUGAACAAGAACACAUUCCUCGCGCUCUCCGCAUACUCGUCAUUGACCCCGCUGCAGCCGAGAUGGAAUGACAUCAUGUCCCGCCGUGCAGACAGGAGAGAGAACGAGCUGAAAGAGGGCCUUCACUCCAUUCGCGCGUCAUGUCUGCGCAGUUUCCCAGAGUUCCUCGCAGAUAUCCGGUUGGCAGGCCUCGGGAAAGGCGGCGAGGUCGGGACUGGGCUCGCCGAUUUCACGAUCUCGACCGUCCAGUACCUCGAACGGAUACCGGCCGUUCAGGAUGCCGCAGCAUCGGCGCUUCUGACACUGGGCGACGGCAACUGGAAAAUGGGCGAGGGCACGCAGAUCGGCAAGACCAAGGCUGCCGAAGUGGACGAGCAAACAGUGCUUCAACACUUUACUCACGACGUCGUGAGCGCGACCGUACAAAGCCUGCUCACCCUCUCGCGCACGAACAAGCGCCCCGCGUUCGGUGCGAUCUUCCUCCUGAACAACGUCUCCUACCUCCGCACGCAGGUGCUCGUGCGCCCGCGCACGGACGUGCCCGCGAUUCUCUCGCGACCCUCGCAGGAGUUGCUCAACUCCAACUUCCGGACCGCCAAGGCCGGCUACUUCGACGCGAACUUCUCGCCGCUGCUGCAGACGCUCGUCGACGAGAAGGACAAGGGCAAGAGCGCGGUGAAGGAGAAGUUCACGCGCUUCUUCGACUUGCUCGACGAGGUCACCGAGCGCCACGCCGUCGCGCGCGUGCUCACGGACGAUCCGGAUGGGCGCGCGACCGUCGCGGACGAGGCAGUAAAGCUCGUCGUGCCCUCGCUUCAGCGGUUCAUCCAGCGGAACCUGGGGAAGGAGUUCAGCAAGAACCCACAGAAGUACAUCAAGAUGCCGCCCGAAGAAGUCGAAGCUCUGAUCAAGGGUUUCUACUCUGGCGGAAGUGGUGGCUCUGCACCCACAGUACCCGCACCCGAGAAGAUGACAAAUACUCUGCUGCAGCAGGCAGGCUGGGGUUGGUAGCUGCAAUGCCUGCACCAUCUGUCUCGAAACCUGUCCAUACACCUGGUAGUGAAUACAUGUAUGUUGUACAUCAUGAGGUUUUAUAUGCAUAAUCAUUAGGAUUCCAG